UUUCUGGCGCCAACUUGAAUAAUCUUACCAAAACAAAUGAUGUAAAUGCAUCUUGAAUUAUUUUUUGAUACGGUUUUAAGUUACUUUUCACAUUAUUAAGUGUCAUUUUUAUUCUUCAUAAUUGACUUAUUGUGCUUCUAUUUAUUUAGCUAUUGAUCAAGAUUCGUUAAAAAUGGCUGAUUCUGGUAAAAUCAAUACUACCUUCAGUGAAAAUCUUCUUGAAAAACUGCGAUCUAUUGUGAUUAAAAUGAUGGAUAUUGGUGAAUACAAGACGGCCUUAUAUUGGUCAAAUAAAAUACUCUCCUAUCCCAAUCAUGACAAAACUGAUGUUUACAAGCAAGCCAAAUGCCUGUAUCAUCUUAAGGAGUACCACAGAGCUUCACAUUGUAUUAAAUCACGCCAUUUUCACGAGGUUGAUCUGGCAUGCCGGUAUUUGGCUGCUAAAUCACAUUAUGCCGCUGAAGAGUACAAAGAAGCUUUCGAGAUUUUAGAUGUUGGAGAAAAUUAUGGUACACUCAAGAAAAUGGAAUUUGAAUUGGAAACUUGUGAGGAGAACAGGCAACUAGAAAGCUCUGUUUGCCUGUUGAAAGGACAUAUUUAUGAAGCAUUAGAUAAUCGUAGCGAGGCCGUUGAUUGGUUCAAAAAAGCACUUCUCCUUGAUGCUUAUUGUUACGAGGCUUUAGAGGCCUUAGUUCAGCAUCAAAUGCUUAAUAAACAAGAAGAAGAAGAUCUUCUGAAUUCAAUCAGAUUUGAAAAUCAAUGUGAUAAAGAUGAGGCGCGAUUAAUCAAAUUUUUGUAUCAAUCCUCAUUGAAAAAGUACGCAAAGCCCGAUGAGCUCAAGAUACCUGUUGAUUUUUCCAACUUCUUGUCAGAUAAUGUGGACAUUUUAACUUCGUUAGCAGAGAGGCACUAUUACAAUUGUGAUUUCCACCAAUGUAUUCAGCUCACAAAUAAAGUUCUCAAAGACGACAUUUAUCAUACUCAAUGCCUCCCAAUCCAUAUAUCAUGUCUAAUGGAGCUUCAAAAAACAAAUCUUUUAUUCGAUCUCGGUCAUAAAUUAGUUGACUUAUACCCAGAAAGUGCCACUUCUUGGUACGCCGUAGGAUGUUAUUAUUUAAUGAUAAAUAAAAUGGAUGCUGCUAGAAGAUUUUUAAGCAAAGCAACGACUUUGGAUAAUGUCUUUGGUCCUGCCUGGUUGCUUUAUGGACACUCUUUUGCAAUUGAAAGUGAACAUGACCAAGCCAUGGCUGCUUAUUUUAAAGCUUCUCACUUGAUGAAAGGUUGUCAUCUUCCCUUGUUGUACAUUGGACUCGAAUACGGACUAACUGAUAAUAAUAAAUUGGCAGAGAAGUUUUUCCAACAAGCCUUAGCAAUUGCUCCAAACGAUCCUUUUGUUUUACAUGAGUUAGGAGUAAUUUCUUACCAAAUACAAGAAUACACCACAGCUUACAAACAUUUUACAUCAGCUUUAAAUUUAAUCAGAGAUAAACAAGAUGCCACUUGCUUGCCAGAGAAAUGGGAGCCUCUUAUAAAUAAUAUUGGACAUGUUUUGCGAAAAUUAAAGAAAUAUGAAGAGUCAUUAGAGUAUCAUAAACAAGCUCUAGUUUUGUCACCGUUAAAUCCAUCAACAUACUCAGCAAUUGGAUUUGUUUAUGCUUGGAUGAAGCAAUAUCGUAAUGCGGUAAACUAUUUCCAUAAGGCAUUAGCAUUGAAAAGAGACGACCAGUGUGCCAAAACUAUGUUGGAUAAAUGUAUGGAGCAUUUAUCUACUGAAAUAUCUUUGUUAGAUGAUGAAUUGCCCAUUUACGAGAGUGAAGCUUAUAUGAAAAAAUAUUUAGCUAGCAGUAACCUUAACGAGGAGUCUUCUACAGACGACCAGUUAUUAGAUGAUAAUGAUCUUGAACGUUCAUUGUCAGAGAAUGAAACCGAAAAUAACGCAAGUGGAUUGGACGUUGAAAUGGAUUUAAGUCCGUGAAUAAUGAUCUUCAUCGUUUAAACGCAGCAGAAUUCCGUGAUCAAUGUCCAGGAAUAUGAAGAAUCUUACCGAUAAGUUGAAAAUUAUAAAAAAAAGUUGAACUAAUAUUUUGUUAAAAUAACAUUCAAUUAAAAUUUUCAUCAAUUUAAAUAAUUUAGCUGAA